CUCUUCGCGUUCACUAGACUUAGACUCAUUAGUACUUGCUAGCCUUGCUCUUGAAUUUUUCCACAGUGCUAAGCAUCUAGAUCUAUCUGCACAAUCCUGUAUACUUGACAACUUGACCGCCGACUCCCGACUAUUGCUUCACUCACGGACACGUCGCCAUCUUUCCGCAGAAACAGUCGCUCUUGUCUACAUCAUAUGCGCAACGUCUUGCGGCCGUUCAGCUGGACCGCCUUACUGCUAUAUGCUCAUGUGAAUCUAGCAGCCAGCCCUCCAGUCCAGGUCGAACUCCGGUCAUCCUGGCCGGCGCCUCCCGUGCCGCUCGAGUGCAUUGAGACUAUAUCCAUAGAGGAUCCGGGUGCAUUCUUCCCUCUGGUCGACGCACUCACCAACCCCGAGACAGUACCCAAACCAUCGAGCACCUCGGAGGCACUACAUCGACAUGCACUGCAGACUGCCAUUGACGAAGGGUAUCUCUCCAAGCCUGGGGAAUAUGCUUCUGUUGAGAUGAACCUAGCGCUGCAUGUCGCCACACCGAAGAUUGAAGCGUUCUACCAAUAUUACACGGAUCUGCAUGCGAAGCGGAAAGAGGAAGCGCAGGGCGAGGGUUGCGGUUCGUGGGUGGACUGGUACGGCGAGAUUGUAUGCGACGCGGAUACACUAUCGCGCUUAGUUAGCGUGGAAGCGAUAGACCCUCCAAAAUCAAGCGAGGUGAUACCGUCCUACGUGCGUCCGAGAUUGCUACCAUUCGACCACAUCCAGCCGUCACCAGCACACACGCUCGACCGGCCGCCCCAUACUGCAAUCUUCUAUGCCUCGCUAUCCUCGAGCAACUUCCGCGAACUGCAUCAGUAUUUGUAUGCUACCUCUAGCGGUCUGUCGCCGCACAUCGAAUACGUUUUCCGGCCCAUUCCUCCUGAGGGCCGAGAUAUCUCGAAGCGGUCGUACCUCUCUGGCUAUGGAGUCGCGUUGGACCUCAAGAAAAUGGACUAUCUCGCGCUGGAUGACAGGCGACAAGCCACUCUGGAGGAAGAGGAAACAUCGGAAGAGGCGCUUGCAUCUGCAUUGGCCAUGGACGCCAUCUCAGCGUUGCUUCAGCAAUAUCCAGAGAACACCACUCUUGAUGCGAGCGUACCGUUGACAGAUGACGAGUUCCUCGAGAUUGGAUUGCAGGCCGCACAAUUGAUCCAUGAUGCUGAGGACCCUUUGUCCACCAUGAAACAGCUCUCGCAGAACUUCCCCAAGUAUGCUACCUCCUUGGCACGACGCGUCACCGUAGACGACAACCUGUCUGAAGAAGUAGAGAACAACCAGAUCCGCGCACCUGGGGGAGCAAACGUGGCUUGGUUGAACGGAGUGACACUGCAUGAAAGGGACCUCACUCCAUUUGCCCUAUUGCGAUUGCUGCGAAAAGAGCGAGACAUUAUGCUGUCCUUGACCUCUCUGGGGCUCUCUCCCGGGAAAGCAUUUGAGCUGCUUACUCAUCCUUCUAUCGCAGCUGCCCAAAGCGAAUCUGACGUGUUGGACGGUAUACUCGAUGCAAGCGAUCACCUUGAGGGAGAAAAUGUCAUCGUAUGGUUAAACGACUUGCAGAAAGACAACCGAUAUGGACGAUGGGGCAGCACACUGAGGCUGUUCUUGCGCCAGAGGUAUCCAGGUCAAAUUCCGAACAUCCGAGCGAAUAUUUUCAAUACCGUCUUGGCCGUGGAUCUGUCCCAAUCGAGUUCACUGCACUUCAUUGGAAGCACCGUGAGCCAGGUCAUAGGCCGGAUGUUCCCAUUCCGUUGGGGCGUGGUUCCAUUGGUCGAGACAGAAGAAGGCGCAAAAAUGGCACGACUUCUCUACUACCUGAACGAGCACUUUGGCAAGUCGAACGCAAUGGAAUUUGUCAGACACGUUGCACAAAUUGACAAGCCCGUGUCAACGAUUAAGCCCACUGUCGAUUGGAGCGUCGUCCGCCAAACGUUCAACCUCCUCCUCGCCACCAACGAGCCUCUUGAAGAAGGCAUCGUCACCGACCUUGAUGCGAUCCUCCGCGGAUUGCCAGGCUCAGAGGACCAGCUCGAUAAGGCGCGUGCGUACGCGGCGAGGCUUGACGCGGGUUUGUCGUCUGCUCCGCAAGGACAUGCCUUCGUGAACGGAAAACACUUUGAUUUGGACGAUGAGUUCCUCAGGUUGAUGCAGAGAGAGGCCAAUGAGCAGAUGGAAUACAUCACUGAAUUGGUUCUGACCAACGUACUUACCGAUAAUGACCUUCCUAGCAUAUCGACGUAUUUCUAUGACUUACCGGUGGCCUCGAAGAGACGGAACAGACACAUCUACCCGUCAGUGAAGACUGGUGAUCUCCGCAUUUUAAGCCUGCUUGAGCUGGUAGGACCAUACGAGUUCCUCAACUGGCCUGGAUCUUUCGUCUAUCCCGCCGAGCCCGAGCGUGUUCCUCUGACGACCUACGUCGUCGCCGACUUGGAUAGUGAAGCAGGAAGACAGCUCAUCAAGGAAGCUCUCUCUGCGACGGCAUCCGGAAAGCACCCAUCACGGCUCUCGUUCAUCCACAACCCAUCAAACUUGAGCAGCGAGAUGUCGACUCAGCAGACAGCGGUCUCGUCCUUGCUUGCACAACUUGCAACUCAAGAGCUGCUGCAUCGAAUGUCGCCUUCUCGCCUGCUCAGCGCCUUGGGCUUUGGUGACGUAGCUGUACAAAGUGAAAGCCCACAGGUCGUCAUAUCAUCUGAAGGCAGCCUUGAUGACAUCCUUGGCCAGACCGUCCUGGCUGAGAAGGAUUACCAGGACUAUAUCAGAACCGGUCGGCUCGUCGCACGGCAAUUGAACCUCGCCCCCGGUGAACGAGCAUUGAUACUCAACGGACGAGUACUUGGUCCCAUCGCCGCCGGAGAAUUCUCAGAGGACGACUUUGAGAUACUCUCGGCCUAUGAGUCCAGAAAGCGCGUUCAGCCCGUUGCAGACGCAUUGGAGGACCUCAUGGAUUCGUUAGGGGAAUUCGACCGCCCUUCAUACGCAGAGGUUAUCGCUGUGGCUUCGUCGAUCAUAUCGGCAAUCCAGCUGCCUGACCCAAGCGAGGUAGGCCUGUUCAAUGCGCCCCAGGAACCUCGUACACGGCAUUAUCAGCUCGUAGAGGGCAAUUACACCGUGUUCACGCUGGGCGACAACACUACAUCGUUGUUCAACUUCGGGAUAUUCGUCGACCCGCUCAGCGAGGCAGCGCAGAAGUGGUCGAGUUUGAUUGAGUGGCUGAUGACUAUUCCCGGAGUGUCCGUGGAAGUGCAUAUCAACCCGGCUCGGUAUCGCGAGUUACCUCUGAAACGCUUCUAUCGUUAUAACCUUCUGCCGCGGCUGUCGUUUGAGGAGAAUGGAGAGGAGGUCCAUGCUCUCACUGAAUUCGACGGCCUGCCAAUCGAUCCGAUCUACACUCUUGCAAUGGACGUGCCACAAGCAUGGCUCGUCCGCCCCCGCGAAGCCCUGCAUGAUCUCGACAACAUUCUGCUCAGCGCGCUUCCAGCACAUGACCGUGCGCAGGGCGUGCACGCGGUGUUCGACCUUGACCAUCUCGUUAUUGAGGGGCACGCGCGCGACAUUCGGACGAAUGCCCCGCCACGAGGCCUGCAGUUGCAACUCACGUCGCAUGUCGGCACGCCCAUCGCAGACACACACGUCGUCGCGAACUUCGGAUACCUGCAGUUUCGCACGAAGCCGGGCGUGUUCCAUCUUGAGAUCCGGCCUGGACGGGGGCGGAAAAUCUUCAGGAUGGAAAGCGUGGGGAAUGAGGGGUGGCAUAGCCCGACGGUAGACGCGGUCGGGGAUGAGAUCACAUUGACGAGCUUUGAGGGCUUGACGCUCUACCCACGCUUCGCGAGGCUGCCGGGGAUGGAGCGUGCAGAUGUGCUAGCUGAAGCGGCAUUGCCCCAGGUGGAGGAUGGCGGGAUCAUUGGUCAAUUGAAGUCAUGGUUCUCGUCGUUACUCCCUAAGAAGGAAGAGACCGGCGUCGUCGCGACUACCUCACAACAGGCAGACAUUAACAUCUUCACAGUCGCCUCGGGAUUGUUGUAUGAGCGCUUCGCGUCUAUCAUGGUCCUCAGUGUCUUGAGCAACACAAAGAGCAGUGUGAAGUUUUGGUUCAUAGAGAACUUCCUCUCGCCAUCGUUCCUGGAAUUCCUCCCGCACUUUGCAGAGGCGUACGGCUUCCAGUACGAACUAGUCACAUAUAAAUGGCCGUCCUGGCUGCGUGCACAAAAAGAAAAACAGCGCAUUAUUUGGGCGUACAAGAUCCUUUUCCUCGAUGUGCUCUUCCCAAUGGACCUGAAGAAGGUCAUUUUUGUCGACGCCGACCAAAUCGUGCGAGCGGAUCUGAAGGAGCUCGUCGACCUUGAUUUGCACGGGGCGCCGUAUGGGUACGCACCGAUGGGCGAUGAUAAUGAAGAGAUGGAGGGCUUCCGAUUCUGGAAAACGGGUUAUUGGAAGGAGUUCUUGCGUGGUCUUCCUUAUCAUAUCAGCGCGCUGUACGUAGUAGAUUUGGUGCGAUUCCGUCAGAUGGGAGCUGGGGACAUGCUACGAGGCCAGUAUCAACAAUUAUCCCUGGACCCCAACUCGCUUGCCAAUCUCGACCAAGAUCUUCCCAACAAUCUACAGCGUGAAGUGCCCAUCUUUUCUCUUCCGGAAGACUGGCUAUGGUGUGAGACAUGGUGCAGCAAGGAUCGACUAGAUCGUGCCAAAACCAUUGAUCUAUGCCAGAACCCCCUCACAAAAGAACCAAAGCUUUCUCGAGCGCGUCAAAUACCGGAGUGGGAACAAUACGACGCGGAAAUCGCCCACUUCGCGCGCAGGCUCGCAGAAGAGGGCAAGAUGCGGUCGGAGAUUGUAGCAGCGGACGUCAAUGUCCUUGCUGAUGUCGGGGCUAGAAGAUCGCAGAUCAAGGCGUCACAACCCACUGAUACAACUGAUCAUGAUGAGGAGGUGCCGAGGGAUGAGCUGUAAAAUCAGCGAAAUGUGUUUCCUAUGGAUUGUCUGGAGAAUAUAUAUGCUCUCAAUAUGACGUCGCGUGUUUGAU